AUGGAGGAAGAAAGCUUAUUGUACGAAGAAGAAUUACAAUUAUUCCUCAAAUUGCCUCCAAGUUACUUAAGUGAAAGUGAGGAUUUGAUAAGCAAAUUACCCGACGCUUUGAUAUCUCAGAUACUCUUGUAUCUUCCGACAAAGGAAGCUCUUUGGACCAGUGUUUUGUCCAAUAGAUGGAAAAGUCUCUGGCUUUUGAUUCCCGGGUUGGAUUUGGACUCUUCUCAGUUCCCAAAUUACGAUGCAUUUGUGAGUUUUGUGGACAGGUUUCUAGAUUUCUCUAGGGAACAGAACUCGUGCUUGCACAAGCUCAAGCUAAGUAUUAGGAAAGAUGUGAAUGAUCCGCCUUGUGUCACGCGGUGGAUAGACUUUGUAGCUAGGCGUAAACUUAAGCAUCUUGAUGUUGAGUGUCUUGUGAAUCGUAAUUUCUUAGAGGUGAUUCCCUUAAGCCUUUAUAUCUGUGACACACUGGUAUAUCUAAGACUCCAUCGAGUAUCGUUGGGUAAGUUAGAGUCUGUGUCUUUGCCUAGCCUCAAGACUAUGAGUUUAGAACAUAAUGUAUAUGCCAAUGAUGUGGUUCUGGAGUCACUUAUCUCGUCUUGCCCAGUUCUCGAAGAUUUGAACAUGGUUAGAAUGGUAGAAGAUAACGUAAAGGUUCUACGAGUGCGGUCUCAGACAUUAACCAGUCUUAAUAUAGACUUUUUAUUUGGUGAGGGUGAUGACAUGGUUGAUGAUUUUGAGAAAAAAGACCAAGGGGUUUUGAUCGAUGCCCCUAGGCUCAAGUCUUUGAAAUUCCAAGAUGAUCUAUCAGACAGUAAAACCAUAACCAAUUCGGGUUCCUUAGCCAAGGUCGAUAUUGUUUAUGUCUUCAAUGAGAAUGAUUGUGCUGAUGUGGUUGACUUACCAAAGCGAAAUAUGGUUCGGAAUUUCUUUACCAGUAUCUCGGGAGUUAGCUAUAUGAAGAUCUCAGACCAUACUUUGGAGUUUUUCUAUUAUAACUUGGACUUCGAUCCACUGCCUCAGUUUUGCAACCUUUCCCGUUUAAAAGUGACGUUUUCGUUAUUAAAUCUGGAAAUGCUGCCAACGAUUCUCAAGAGCUGCCCGAAUCUGAAAUCACUCGUCUUGGUGCUGGAUUUUGAUCAUCUUGACGAGAGAGUGAAAAUAAGAUUCUCAUCCGUACCCUGCUGUUUGCUGUCAUCACUCGAGCUUGUAGAGAUAAAAAAAUUCAACGGAGGGCCUGCUAAAAUGGAAGUAGCUAAGUACUUUGUAGAAAACUCAGUAAUCCUCGAGAAACUACUUGUGCGUGUGAGCUGUUCCAGGUACGAUGAAGGAUUCUUUGUGCUAACUGAUCUCCUUGCAUUGCCCAGACGAUCGAGCUCAUGUCGAAUCGUAGUUUGUUGA